AUGAAGUUCUUGAUAAUUUCUUUGGCUGUGGUCGCUACGUCUAUCGCCGACCGUCAAGGCUAUAACCUAGCAACACCCUCCGGAAGAGGAUUCUCACAUGGCGCUCAAGGUGGAGGAGGAGGAUCCUUCGGCGGUGGAGGCGGAGGAUUCUCUGGAGGAAAUGGAUUCUCAGGCGGUGGAGGUGGAUUUUCAGGCAGUGGAGGAAAUGGAUUCUCAAGUGUCGGAGGUUCUUCAUCUGGACAAGGUUAUGGGGGCGGAGGAUCCGGAGGAGCCUGCAGAGAAGGAGAGAUCCUGCACGUAGAUGGAUCAUGCGUCGUUCCCAUCGUUUCAAGAAAUGUGUUCGUUUAUAAUGCUCCCGAACAGCCUCAAGGGGAAAGCGGGCCGCCACCAAGUAUUCCCCCACCGAGGGUUGAUCACAAUAUUCUGUUCGUACGCAUUCCUGAAGAAGGUCCAGGACCAGAACCUAUCAUCGUUCCACCACCAAGACAGGAAAGCAUUGUGUACGUCCUGAACAAGAGCGGAGGUGACGGAGGACAACGCGUGAUCGAGGUGACAGCUGCUCCUCCUUCAAAUCCUGAGGUAUAUUUCGUCAACUACGAAGAGGGAGAAAAUCCAACACUUCCUAUUGGAGUGGAUCUUCAGACUGCUCUCCAGGCAGCUGCUGAAGCAGGCGGUCAGGUCAUUGGAGGUUCCAGUGGGGGUGGAGGAGGAAUUGGCGGUGGUUUUGGAGGCAGUUCCGGUGGUGCUGGAGGAUUUGGUGGUAGCGGAAGGGGAGCUGGUGGUUUUGGUGACAGUGGAGGAGCUGGUGGUUUUGGUGGAAAUAGCGCUGGCGAUCUUGGUGGGAGUGGCAUUAGCGCUGGUGGUUUUGGUGGCAGUACAGAUAGCGGAAGGGGUUCAGGCCGUGGUCUGUAUGGUCCUCCAUCUUAA